AGUUAGAAAGUGAGAGCAUGAAAUUGAAGCAACUUGAGGACAAAAAUAAUCAAACAGAAAAGAAGCUGAUCUCUAUUAUUUCCAACCAAGAAGAUAAAAUAAGAAGUCUGAAAAGCAAAUUGAAAGAGUUAAAUGAAGCACAAACGGGCAUACAGAUGCCAGCAUAUAAAAGGGAGGUGAAAAGUAAGAAAGUUGUUCCAGAUAAGCCUGAAUUAUCUCUAGGGAUCGCUGGUAUUUCACCUAUGUCUGAAAGGGAGAAUCUGGAGACUAUUUUCCAGGACAUGAAAGAAGAGUGUCAUCGAAUAUGUAUGCUAGCCAGAGAACAAACAGACCAACUGAGUAAAUUUAAGAUAAAGCCAGAACCUGAAGCUGAAAUACAGUUUUCCAUGCCGAUACAGUGUACUGAUAAAACUGAUGAACAAGCAGAAGAGCUUUUUAAGCCUCGGGUUAUAAAGGAUAUAAAUAGAGGUGCAUCAUGCAUCACAUCUAUCACACCAAGAGGAGUGGGCCAAGAUGAGGACAACUCCUCUAUAGAAUCACUUUCUAAAUUUAAUGUCAAGCUUCCACCUACAGACAAUGACUCUGCUUUCUUGCAGAGCACUCAGGAAAAACCAGCAAUUUCUUGUACUGGUAUAGCUGAAAACAUGCUUCAAGAUCAUCCUUUUAACCUGGAGCUUAGAGACCGUGCUGUUAACCUCAGUAAAUUGGAACCUAACUCAUUUGAAGCUCAUGGAGUUGAUCUCAUGAUCUCAGCUUUACAAAGUUUAACUACUGUUGACAAAACAAAUCCCCCAGAUCAUGCAAACAUGUCCAUAGAAAAUACCCAUGACAAAACAUGUUUAAAAACAACAGACACUGAUUUCACGUUUGUACCUAAGCACGCAAACCAGGGUGUACCUGAAGUAAUUUUUUCAUCUUUAGAAGCUGCUGGGACAGUCGUCAGAGGUCCUCAUCAGCUCAUUUGGCAGCCUGAAGACAAUGAUUUGCUGGCACAAGCUUAUACAGACUCUGAACUGAAUCAGUGUGGAAUAUGUGAAUUCUGUCGAGAAGUUUUCCCACCAUCCAUGACAUCUAAGAAAGAUUUUCUUCGGCAUCUGAAUUCCCACUUUAAAGUACAGUCUUAAUGUAUGAGAAUUCAAUGGUUCACUGUUUUGCAUACAUUUUGAUUUUUUGUAUUCAAUAGAUAUGCUAAGAAUUGAAGAAUUAAGACUUCUUGUAACAAGAACUCAUGACUGAAACUGUGUGUCUGAUAAGCAAGUUUUUAACUGUCCUUUGACAAGGUAACAUGAAACUGUCACUCAGUACUGUAAUUCAAAUUAUUGCUUGUUAUGCUUCAAGAGU